AUGGCAGCUAUUAUUUUCAGUAACCCAGAGGAUAAACAAAACAACCCCAUGGUCCAGCUGUUUUAUGGCACAUUUGUGGCAGAGAGACUUCAUGAAGGAAAGAUUGUGUCCAACAUUGAGCAAUUUGGACAAUACCCUCUCCAAGUGAAUGGCUUCAAUAAUUUAGAUGAAUGUUUGGAGGGUGCCAUGGUUGAAGGAGAGAUUGAGUCGCUUCAUUCAGAUCAGACAAUGUCUUCUGGCCAGGAGAGGUGGUUCUCUAAGCUGCCACCAGUGUUGACCUUUGAGCUAUCCAGAUUUGAGUUCAAUCAGUCUUUAGGGCGACCAGAAAAAAUACACAAAAAACUGGAGUUUCCCCAAGUGAUCUAUAUGGACAG